AUGGACUCCGUCAAUCAGACUAUCAACCGCUAUGAGGUGACGGGCAUCUACACUCACCCUGACGCCCGUGUCGACAUAGUCCUCGUCCACGGCCUCAAUGGGAACCCCCAGAAGACCUGGACGGCCAAGAACGGCGUCUUUUGGCCUGCCGACCUCCUUACCGAAUCCCUCAAGGACCGCCCGGCCAACAUCCUCGUGUACGGCUACAAUGCUGACGUCUAUUCACACGGCCAUAAAGGCAGUGCUAGCGACAACUUCAUCUACCAGCACGCCCAGACCCUCGUGACCCACCUAACAGCCUACCGUGCGCGCCACAGCACCACCCGGAACCCCAUCAUCUGGAUCGCCCACAGCCUCGGCGGCAUCCUCGUCAAGCGUGCCCUGCUGUACUCUAACGAUGUCCAGGUGGCCGACCACGAUCCUCUCCGCGCCAUCUUUGUGUCCACUUAUGCCAUCAUCUUCCUCGGCACGCCCCACAACGGCUCUGGCCUGGCUACUUGGGGCCUUGUGCUCCACGCCAUGAGCGAUGCCAUCAUUCCCAAAAAGUGGCUCCUCACCGAGCCCGUCCUGCUCAAGACACUCAAGCACGACAACGAGAGACUUCAGGAGAUCAACAGCCACUUUCUCGACGUCUACCAGCGCUUCAAGAUUCACAUGGUGCACGAGAACCAUACCACCGACCUCAAGGGAACAAGGACCUUUAUCGUCACUGCCACUUCUGCCAGCCCGCAGCUGCCGGGUGUCAUGUACUACGGCAUCGAGGCCGACCACUCGGGCAUGUGCAAGUUCGACGGCCCAAGUGCGCCGGGCUACUUCACCGUCUCUUCGGCCAUCUACGACUGGGUCGAAGAGGCGCCGCCUGUUAUUGACGUCCGCUGGAACUUGGAAGACACCAUCCGCCGCUCGUCCUAUGAUCCUCCCAGGCCAAGCAUUCCUUCAACUCCUGUUGACCCGUUCCCUGCGCCAUCGCCGGGUUCUGAGCCGCCGUUUUUGCAUCCCGAAUCGUUUCGUCCCAACUCGUACUUUGUGGGCCGUCGGCGAGAGCUGGAAGAUUUACACGCAAAGCUCACGGACGAGAAGAAACGGGCUGAGGGUACCUCGGCCGUGCUGAUCCAGUGUCUCCCUGGCGGCGGAAAGACACAUCUGGCUCGCCAGUAUGUCUUUGAACAUCGCGCUGACUAUCCUGGAGGAAUCUACUGGGUUCGUGCCAAGUCUAUCACGGAGAUGGAGCAAGUCUACUGGAGAAUUGCAACCGAAUUGGCUCUCGAUCAGUCUAACAGGUCGUCCAACGUUGUCGAAAAUGUGCGGUCCUGGUUCAACUGCUUCGACCAAUGGCUGCUGAUCUUUGACGGUAUCCAUUUUGAUACUCCGGGCGUCCGCAAGUUCAUCCCAGACGCAAAAAACACCAGUCUAAUAUACACAUCCAUGCAACAUUCUGCCACAGGAAUGUACGAGUUUGACAAUCCGCAGGUCAUCGAGCUCGGCCUCUUGGAUGACGAAGAUGCCCAGAACCUGCUGCUGGCAGAGAUGGAAAUGAGCCGGCCGCCGACGCAGGAUGACUUAUCCUACGCUCUAGAGCUGGUACAGCUGAUGGGUCGCCUGCCGUUGAUGAUCCACGUGGCUGCGAGGCACCUCCAUGCCACGCGCGAGCCGCUGUCAAAGUAUCUGCGUGAAUACAAAACACGACCUCGGGCCGGACGGUUGCCGGCCUACCGUGCCGUCCACAAGGAGCUGGAAAGGCGUGGUGCAAACACGGCUCUCAACCUGAUGUCUAUUUUGGCAUUUUACGACCAUCUGAUUCCGGUUGGGUUGAUUACUCUGGGGCUCGGUGGCUUGACCAAUAUCACUCCGGUCGUGUCCAGAGACCUGAAGCCUGAAGCCAGACCUAUUAACAAGACCCUGCGGAUACUGAUCGCAUUCGCCCUCAUCGAACGGACUGAGAUCAACAAUGUGACUCCGGCCAGCUCCCAGAACAGUGCCAAGCGCAGCUUCGAUAGGAGCUCUGGAUAUGUCGAUGUGCUACGCGUCCACGGCGUCGUCCAGGCCUUUUUCGUCGACCUGCUUGCUGAGAAGAGAGAGUUGAACUUCUGGCUGGAGCGGGCAGCGGCAGUGUUUUGCGCGUCCGUCUGCGAGGCUGACAGGAAGAUCACGGAGGACGCCAAGCUCGGACUGCCGGAUGACUACCGCCGCUUCAUGAUACACGGACGGAAGCUUCUGGAACAUCUAAGACGUGCUGAGAAGAAGGGUGGAGCGUCAUCCGAGCUGACAGAUAGGCGUGCAGAUGUGGAGGCGAAGCUGGGCCUCUGCCAGGCGGCCAUCGACCAGUUUGAAGCUACGCAAAGCCAAGUCGUGACUAUUCCUGGGCCAACAGACUCGCAGAUUUCCGUGUUUGAGCGGGCUGACAGCUUUUCGGCGACAGACUCGUCCUACCACGACAGUUCGUCUGGCUCUGGGCUCCCUUCUCGAACGGGGACAGGAUUUCUUGGCUGGGACCGUGAGGCGUGCGCUUCGCCCACUGACUUCAUUCCCGAUGAUCUUAACGCUCGCUACCCGCCGUAUCCUAAAGAAGGAAGCACUAUCCCGGGCCCACCAUCGCGAGAAGACAGCGACGAAUUAGCAGAAAUGGCUACACCGCGCGUGCGAGAGCUUCAUGGGGGGGCUGCGUUUCCGCCGAGAUCCGAGACACACAGCGGCUUUUUCGGAUGGAUCAGCAGUGACACAAGACAGGCGACAUCUGGCCACCGGACAGUCAGAAGGCAAGAAAGUCGGCGCUACCAUGAUUGGGCGGGCUCGUGGAGAGAUAAAUCGAUCAGCGACCCCAGAACUGAACUCACCCGUCAAAUUGCCGAGGGAAAAUCUUCCAGGCGGGAGACCAUAGUGUCCGAGGAGAACGCACCGGGUGGCAGUGAAGCCGAGAUCAGCUUGCACAGAAUCAAAGCCCGCAGCCAGCAAGGAGUCCUGUCGCUAAGCACAGACAUUCUGGAUGCGCAUGACCUGGACGAAGACCUCGACGGAUCGCAGCCAGUCCAGGAAGGCCAGAAGCCGCUCGAUAGCAGCAUUGCUAGUUUGCUGGACAGGCAGCAGUCCCCGUUGUUCCGGGGCUCGAGGACAGCUCAGUCAAGUCCCAACCAUGGCCACGGCCCAUUCUACCCUCCUCCUCGACCUGGGCCCGACGGCAAGGCCAGCCUGCAGCACGAUUCGCCAGCAUCUAUACGGCUGUGGGACAAUCAGAGCCCCACGACAGGCCGCUCGCAAUUUGACACGUCCGAUCUGAGCUUUGGCAUGGCAGACGACCUGACGACAUCGUCACAUUCCAGGCCUCUGCGAGGCAGCCAUUCAUACCCAGUCUCGACACAGCAGCAACAGGUGGCGAUCGGCUACUGGCGCCAGCACUCGCAUCUACAGCCGUCGAUGGUGGUGGAUGGUUACACAUCGCAGCCCAUGUCUCGAGGCGGUAGCGGAAGCCGCUCUUUCACGUCGGUGGCCAACGACGAGGACCCAUUUAGCCGCAGCCUGCCGUCCAGUCAUUUACAGGGCUGGCCUGCCUCUGCGGUCGACAUACCGCCUAGGGAAUUGAGGUCACCGGCAUCCUAUGUCGAAACAGAGCCUUCGCCAGACACAGGCAACGCCUUUGCCGAGGUCAGAACCAGCUAUCAGCAGUGGGGAAAAAGACAUAGCCAGGGUGCAGCCGUUGUGUCGGGAUCACGUGCUGCAGCGAUGAGGAUGGGCGGCCGGCGGUCGUCGAGCCAGAGCCCGCUUGGCUCGCCGGCUCGGCCGGUGAUGGAUGCAGCGUACACCUCGGAGCCUAUGGCACGAUCUGGAUCAGGCGGCAUCAAGCUACCCGACGGACGGCUCAUUCCCUUUGGACAGUCGCCGAGGUUGCUGCCAGUUGACGUGAUGGAGGUAGUCGAGGCGAGCAAGUCGGGUCACGUGGACGACGAGAGCGACGUGGACGGUGAGCCGAACGUAUUGGUUGGACUUGGAAUUGUCCAUGGAGUACGAGUGAUUAUGGAUUAA